CUCUAGGUGAUUUAGCGCCGCCAGUCUCAAGCAGGUGUCCAACAUGGCGAUCACGGGGAGCGGAUCUCUCGCUGUUUCUCUCUCGGUUUUCGUGAUUUCACUCGCGUUUCUUCCGAAAGGAGCUGCUGAAACCGUGACAGUCGACGGUCAGAACCUGGCAACCGACAACGUGUCGGUGAUCGAGGGGGAGAUGGCCACCAUCAGCUGCAGAGUGAUGGACAACGACGACUCCGUCAUCCAGCUGCUCAACCCCAACAGGCAGACCAUCUACUUCAGAGACGUCAGACCUCUGAAGGACAGCCGGUUCCAGCUGGUGAAUUUCUCUGACAACGAACUGCGGGUGUCUCUCUCCAAUGUGUCACUCUCCGAUGAGGGACGCUACGUGUGCCAGCUCUACACGGAUCCUCCUCAGGAAGCCUACGCAGACAUCACUGUCCUGGUCCCGCCAGGCAGCCCAAUCAUUGAGAGCCGCGAGGAUGUGGUCAGCGAGGGGAAUGAGACGGAGCUCACCUGCACCGCCAUGGGCAGCAAGCCAGCUGCCUCCAUCAGAUGGAUGAAAGGGGAGGAAGAACUGACAGGGGAGACAACCGUUGAGGAGACGUAUGACAGGAUGUUUACCGUCAGCAGCCGGGUAAAAAUUUCUGUCACCAAAGAGGAUGAUGGAGUACCAGUGGACUGCAUCAUUGACCACCCAGCUGUGAAGGACCUCCUGGCUCAAAGACACUUGGAAGUGCUAUAUAAACCAGAAGUGAAGAUUGUGGUGACAUAUCCUGAGGGUUUAACCAGAGAAGGUGACAAUCUAGACUUGACGUGUAUCGCAGGGGGAAAACCACAUCCCCAUCAGAUCAACUGGCUCCGGGUGGACGAUGACGUGCCGUCUCACGCCGUGGUCACCGGCUCCGACCUCUACAUCGAGAACCUCAACAUGUCCUACAACGGGACCUAUCGCUGCGUGGCGUCCAACACGGUGGGCGAGGCCUACGACGACUACAUCCUCUAUGUAUAUGAUGCUCCCACUACUAUCCCCACACCCACCACCAACCCAGUCAACACGCAAGGUACUACUUGGACUUCAAACCUGCUUCUUUUCCUGUCUGACACUCCCCGAUCGACCCGUGAGCCGAGCUGCGCUGACUCCAGAGCCGGAGAGGGGGCACCGCAGAAAAUUGACCAUGCUGUCGUUGGAGGAGUGGUUGCCGUGGUGAUGUUUGCCAUCCUCUGUGCACUCAUUGUUCUUGGUCGAUACUUUGCCCGACACAAAGGAACUUACUUCACGCACGAAGCCAAAGGGGCGGACGACGCGGCCGACGCCGACACGGCCAUCAUCAACGCGGAGGGGGGACACAACAACACAGACGAGAAGAAGGAGUACUAUAUCUAAAAUGGACGGGCCAGGAGAGACGGGUGGGAAUGCUGCU